UCAAGGAGUACUUCAACUUGUGGAUCCAUUGCCUUCUCCACCGCUUCAUUCCAGGAACUGAUGAUUGUCUACGAUCGCACGACCUCUUUUUCCACCGCGCACAUGGACUUAAACAUACCAAAUAUGGGAUUCUCUAUCGAUCGGCCGAUUCCUGGGAAGAUAGCAUACGUACUGGAGCUUCAAGCGAAUUUUCCGCUUGUGGUUGGAGCAACGGGCAGCUCGGUCUCUACAUCUGAUGGUCAUGCUCAGCAAGAAGAAAAACUUGGCCACGAACAAGCCCUGCGAUGGAAACUUCGUGCGCUACGUCUGGAGAAAGAAAUCGGAGACUUGAAGGCGAAAUAUGAGGCGGAACAAAUUAGAGCAAUCUCGUUGGCUCGCGUAACCGAAGCGUACUCGUCGGGUACUGGUGUUGCCCAAACGGUGCAAACGAAAACUGUUGAUGGCCAAGAUCAGCAAGCGGCAUCCUCAAGAUCUCAAACUCAAUCUUCUGGAAAUGUGCCUACAAGCUCCGAUGACCGAACUGGCUUCCCAAGCGAAUCGUUGUCUGCACCUGCAACUGAGGGUGUAGGAAAAAAUACCGUCACUACGAGUACGGGUGCAGGAGGCAAGAAAAAAGCGGCAAAGAAGACGAAGAAGGUUCCGGCGACCGACAUCAACUCUAAAGAGCCUAAUUCUCGUGUCACGUCCAAUCCUAAUUCUGGCACGCGACUGGAUCUGGAAACACUUCUAGAGGAGCAUUUCAAAGGCAAGUCGAUUCGUUCCUUUGAUUUCUUGACGUGAAGUGAACGUACCUGGCACGCGUUUCUCUGAUACACGGAUUCUCAACAAACAGACGCGAAUUCUCGGUUCUUUUCAAGGAACACCAAUGCAGGCUCUAUCUUCACCUCGUUUUCCUCCUUUGAACAACUGGCUUCUGCACUUCCUCAAAACCCCACUACAGGAGAACAGUCCCUUCUUCUGUCAACAACGAUCCGCGCUUUGCAGGCUGUUUCUGCCCCAAUGAGGCAUAUUCUCUUCGAAUUUAAUCCAGAAUCAGGAACUCCAACCCAAGCCCGUGAUUCAAACCCUCCUUGUAGUAGCGCCACCAGCGCAAAUACGCACUCCCUCCGUCUCCAAAAACUCAGCGUUCUAUUGAACUAUCUGCUAACCACGAGUAUCCCAUUGAUCUACUCUUCGUCCGCCACACAUAGUCGCACUCAUUCGAGCCGUCAAGGACAGAACACGACAGACUUACGGUCGGCCUCAGGGCCCGGUCUACCGUCGGGACCCAGUGACAACCAAGGCGAAAGGGACAAUGAAGACACGCAAGUCAAAGCCAAUAGUAGUGUUUCGGAUAUCGACCCAGAGCCUGCUUCCGAUCAAGACCAAACUCAUUCAAUCGACGUGCUUCUUGAUUCACUUACGACAUUGGUUGUUAGACCUCUCCUCCAUUCUUUCGUUCCUCUCAGUGAGGGUUUUAUUCACUCACUCUUCGGGGCUAAAAAUUCUGGUUCUGGUGGCGCUGGCGAUGUACGGGACCACCAACAUACCCGAGGCUUUACUGAACCUUCGAGUUCAUCGAAGUUGAAAACACCGCUCGGAUCGUCCACAUCCUCUUCCAAUUCCAAGAACGUUCCUUCUGACCGCCGUAAUCCCGCGACGUCAACAUCCACUUCAAAUGGUACUAGAAUAUCGUCUUCCACCUCCGCCUCUAUCUAUUCAAAUUUACGAACUCAAGUGUUAAGGGUCCUCCAUGAUUUAUUUUUCGUCGUUGACGGAAUGCUUGGAGCUAGCAACACUAGCAGUUCUAGUUCAAACUCGGAACCUCUGACCGAUUUUCCGACUUUUAACCGCGGGAAUUGCGAGCAUUCCAUAGGUUUUGGUUUAGGUUUCAAAGAGUCGGCGUCGCUUACUGUCAUACGCGAAUUACUCGACGUCUACAACUUGAACUUGCCUUUGGGAUGUCAGUUUCGAACGGGGUUUGGUGUCCUCGAACCUGGUUAUACAACCGGAAUGAGAUGUUUUACCCACGCUAACGUCAACGCGAAUACGAAACUCGCCACCCCUUGGGGCAGUAUACAUUCCGGGCCUCCUCCGUCCUCGUCUACCCUUACGACGAAGACGUCAAAGACAAGUUCAACUCAAUCAACUCAAUCUCAAUCUAUUGGUGUUCACACGACGUCGACGGCGACUAGUGAUACGAAAUCAAACCGCGGUGAUGGGGAUAUGAACAUUUCAACAUCAGAUGAACAAAACGGAAAGGUUACAGGUACUUCAACUGAGAGUAGUCGUACUAGCGCCCAUCCCGCUGGUUUCGUCGUCCCGGGGACCGGUAACAAUAUCUACGCAGAUUGCGGAUGCUCACUUCAUCGUCGUCGGCGUGGAUGUCCGAACGCUGAGAGUGAGAAGAACGAGGAUCUAGAAGGAAUGCAAAAGCUGGCGAGGAAGGAUAUGGUGUGGUACUUUUGCAGUGUUUUGCAUUUACUUCUUCCGAGUGAGAGUAGGACGAAUAGCUGUGGACUUGGGUUGUCUGAGCUCGGUGGUGUAGGGGGUGGUCGUGUGAGAGAUUGCGGGAACCGGAUGACGAUAGAUGUCGCGGACGUAAGAAGUGCAGGUGGUGGCGUUGGUAGUAGGUCCUUCGGUCAUGGGCGUGAUGCUGAUGCUAGUUCCAUGAAUGACGCUGUUGGAGGAAGUAGGAGGGAUAAGCGCGUUGGAGACAGCGUAACAACAAACGAUGGUGGAGGAAAGGGUAAGAUUGAUGGUGUUGACGUCGAAUCGGGCCAUGACGGCAUCCAGAUAGACGGCAUCCGGUUGCUCAGGGAAGGUGUUCUGGAAGCCCUUUUGGAGCUGAUAGUCCGUUGUCAGAGACGUGAUACAUCAUCGCGAUCCUGGGGAGGACGAUAUGCGGGAACGAAAAGGGAGAAUGGCGAUGGUGGUCGCUUAAACGUUGAGACUGAGAACGAAGGAGGGAGGAAGGAUGCGGGGUUAGGGCAAGAUGAUAGGGGCGGGGAGGCGGGUUCAGGCGUUGGUGACCAACGUCAUUCUGACAGCAAGAGCAACGAACCCUCGAAUUCGCCUAGGCUGUUCUUGGAGGAGGAAGAGUACCUGAUGUUACUGGGGGUUAUCGAGCAGUACUAUUGGCUAUUGUCUCCGAUUGUGCAAGCUCCCGUCGAAUGAAGUUGUGGCAGAGAAAUACCAGAGGGAGGCUUUUUGGGAGGAUAUAGGCCCAAGGUUUGAUGCAUGAUGGAUUGGGGGUUCUUGAUGCGCUGAAAGACAGUGCGUAUUCUAUCGCUGGGUGAAAAUUCCCAGAUGUGUUCAAACACGAGGUGAUUGACGCUGUGGUCAGUGGCGUAACAGUUACGAUAAAGCGUUGAAGAUAUAGAGUCUAGCAGAAGGAGAGAGAAGGCGAAUUAUGUUUUCCCCCAGAAGGAUUCCAUGGCUAGCGGAAGAUGGCUAAUGAUCAUCCUGUCACACUCUUCCAAUACGAAAGCGCAUGGCUAAAAGUAACUGUAAUCAGUCUAUCAUACUUGCGAGCACUUCAGGCUAAUGAGCUGCAGGGCUGCUCUACGGUAGUAGUCGGUUCGAGCGGGAGGCAGGCAAG